AUGACAAAGACUCACAACAUCAAAAAGCUCUCGGCGCUGCUGUGCCUUCUGCUCGCCGUUGGCCCUAUUGCUGUCCUCUCGGCUCCCAUCACUGAUGUCGAAAGCCUGGCCAAAAGGCAGUCAACUCACAGCAACACCGAUGCUGCAUCCUUCACGAACGCUGGCAUCCCCGACGGACCAGCCUUUAACAAAGGCAAUUCCUUCUCCUCCAGCAACGAUGAGAACCGCGACGAGAACCGCAAUGAGAACCGCGAUGAGGACUGCGAUGAGAAUGAGCAUGACAAUGAUUCGCCCUCCAACCCGAGCUCCAGCUCUAGCAGCAACACCGGCGCCGCAUCCUUCAUGAACGCUGGCAUCCCCGCCGGACCAACCUUUAACAAAGGCGAUUCCUUCUCCUCAAGAAAGCAGGAGAGCCACGAUGUGGGCGACAAUGAGAAUGGCUCGCACUCGGGCUUCAGCACCAACACCGACGCAGGCGACUUCUCCACAUUUGGUAUCCCCGACGGCCCCAGCGCUACCUUUGGGAAUUUCUAUCACCAUGAUUAUGAGGAGACUCACUCCGAGCAGCCCGAGACUUCGCACUUGAACCAUCAGAACAAGUGCACGGGGGCGCCCGGGCCGUAA